UAAUAAAACAAAGAAUCCCAUAUGGCCUCAAUCUUGAAGACUACUAAGGUUCCUAUUCUUGAUCUCACGAGCCAACAAGAGUUGAAACCAAACACAUCCACGUGGCGUUCUGUUUCAAGAGAAGCUUGUGAAGCCUUGGAGGAAUACGGCUGUUUCUUGGCCGUGUACGACGGAGUAACACAGCAGCUAGACGAUUCCAUCUUCGCCGCUGCUGAGGAACUGUUUGAUCUACCGACGGAGACAAAGAAGAAAAACGUAAACGAGAAGCCUUACCAUGGCUACGUUGGUCAAAUGCCUGUGAUCCCUCUUCAUGAAGGCCUUGGAGUUGACUAUGUUACCAACAAAGAAAUUGCUCAGAGAUUCACUCAUCUCAUGUGGCCUCAAGGAAACGAUCGGUUUUGCAACACCGUGCACACUUUCUCAAACGCAGUUGCGGAAUUAGACCGACUAGUGGUGAGGAUGAUAUUUGAGAACUAUGGUGUUGAGAAACACUACGAAUCGCACGUCGGGUCAAAGACUUACCUACUAAAGUUCCUCAAGUACUUGGCUCCACCAGAAUCUAUCUCGAUGCCAGCUUUUCCUCAGCACACCGAUAAGACCUUUCUAUCAAUACUUCACCAAAAUGAUGUAAAUGGUUUAGAGGUGAAAUCAAAAGACGGUGAAUGGAUUUCCCUUCAACUCCCACCCAAGUCAUACGUAGUCAUGGCCGGUGACAUCUCUAUGGGUUGGAGCAAUGACAGGAUACGUUCUUGUGAACAUAGAGUGACAAUGGAAGGAGAUAAGACGAGGUACACUUUAGGUCUUUUCUCGUUUCUCACAGACUUGGUUUCCAUUCCUGAGGAGCUUGUGGACGACAAACACCCACUUAUGUAUAAGCCAUUCGAUAACAUCGCUCUCAUAAACUUCUAUACAACCAAAGAAGGGCGUGAAGCAAACUCGACUCUCAAAGCAUAUUGUGGUAUCUAAAAAGCAUCUGUACAGCCAUAUGAUUGAUUAGGUUGACAAUAUUUUUGUUUGAAUGUGUAUCUUAUUGGUUCCCUACUUGCAUAGUCAACUUUUAAUAUCAUAUGAAAAAAGUUUUUACCUCUUCUAGUGCUUAUAUAUAUGUACUAAGAGAUAAAGAGGUUGGGGGCUUUUGGUCCAUAAUCCCCUCGGACUGGGACUAGAGCAAGUAAAACUAGUUUUCUCUUUCCAUUGUUUACAAAAAUAUUAGAAGAUUGUUUUAUUUAUGCAUG